AUGGCCCCCUCUGCUGUGGAAACCGAGACGGUCACGGUGCCGGAUGUGUCCAAGCUGAAGCUGCAGGCGGCGUACUCGGGCCCGUACAAGGAGCUGGCCGUGGCGCGGUUUGAUGCCGAGGCGGAAGCUGGGCUGAAAGGGCAUAAGGCGGCUAAGUACCCCAACUACCUCCCAACCUGGGACCGCAACGAAAAAUACGCCCCCCUCGAACCCUUCGAGCACUACGAGCACGGCAAAGACGCCGACACCACGUUCCCGAACCUGCUGCCCAAGGACCAGGUCACGGUUAAGCAGCUGACGCCGACGAUCGGCACCGAGGUGCGCGGCAUCCAGCUGUCCAGCCUCAACGACGCGGGCAAGGACGAGCUGGCGCGGUUUGUCGCAGAGCGCAAGGUGGUGGCGUUUCGGGACCAGGACUUUGCGGACUUGCCGAUUGAGAAGGCGUUGGAGUUUGGGGGGUAUUUUGGGCGCCACCACAUCCACCCCACCUCGGGCGCACCCGCCGGCUUCCCCGAAAUCCACCUCGUCCACCGGGGCGCCGGCGACAAGAGCGCCGAAAACUUCUACGAAAACCGCACCUCCUCCGUAGCGUGGCACUCCGACGUAUCCUACGAGCAGCAACCCCCCGGCACCACCUUCCUGUACGUGCUGGACCGGCCCGAGACGGGCGGUGACACGCUGUUUGUCGACGCGGCCGAGGCCUACCGCCGGCUGAGCCCGCUGUUCCAGGAGCGCCUGCACGGCCUCAAGGCGAAUCACUCGGCUGUGGAGCAGGCGAAUAAUAGUUUGGGCCGGGGCGGGAUUAAGAGGCGCGAGCCGGUAAUUAAUGAGCAUCCGAUUAUUCGCACGCAUCCGGCUACGGGCGAGAAGGCGAUUUAUGUGAAUCCUCAGUUCACCCGCAACAUCGUCGGCCUCAAACGCGAAGAGUCCGACGCGCUGCUCAAGUUCCUGUACGACCACCUGGCGUACGGUGCCGACUUCCAGGCGCGUGUCAAAUGGGAGGAGCGCACCGUCGUCGUCUGGGACAACCGUGUCACGCAGCACUCGGCCAUCCUCGACUGGUCUGAUGGCCAGCGCCGCCAUUUGGCGCGUAUCACGCCGCAGGCCGAGAGGCCGGCUGAGACGCCUUUCUCGGCAUAG